GCCAUAUUUAUUGCUGUUCUCGGAAAGAAAACAAAAAUCUGAUGUGUAAAGGUUAAUACAAGUUUAAAUGUAAAAAAAAACAAUUGUGAUUUUUUUUAUUUAAAUAAUUUUCUUUUAAGAUCGGAAUGAACGUCGUUAGAAUCAAUUCAAAAAAUGUGAUCUUUAUAAUUCUGGCAAUUUUGUCAACGACAAUCAAACAAGCACACAUGGGCUAUGAAAGCAUUGCAAGUUAUGCUUUAAAAGAUGCCAAUACAAAUUCAACACCUGCUUAUUCCAAUCGAAAGGAAGAAUCAGUGAAUUUAUGUCCCACGGGUGCACAAUGUUCAGAAUUAGGUGGCGAUUGUUUAAAAUGUAACUUUAAUGUAAAUUGUGUUUAUGGUGAUAUUUAUAAAGUCAAUUGUACUGUCAUGGAUCAAAUUGAUUGUAUUGGUGAGACGACAAUUGAAAAAACAUUUAUGUGUCGAUACUGUUAUCAAACUGAGCAUUGGGAAUAUAAAUGUCAACAAAAAAAUUCAUGCAGUUCAAUUGCAUCACCACAACAAUAUUAUCGAACAAAUUGUACAGUUAAUAGCGAUGUGAUAUGUUUGGGUAGAAGGACUUUUUUAAAAAAUUUACCGUGCAAUUGGACAGGAGGUUAUCGUUGGUCUACUGCUUUUAUAUUGAGUGUAACCCUUGGAGGAUUUGGAGCUGAUAGGUUUUACUUGGGUCAUUGGCAAGAAGGCAUUGGAAAAUUAUUUAGUUUUGGUGGAUUAGGAGUGUGGACUUUAAUUGACGUGAUGCUAAUAUCAAUGAGAUAUUUAGGACCAGCAGAUGGCUCUUUGUAUAUUUAAGAAAAAGACUUAUAUAAUUUAUGCCUCUAUACUAAAUACUAUUAAAAAACUUUUGUUUUAUGUCCAUAAUUGUAAAUGAAUUUUUUUGUUAUUUUUAUAUCCAGUUGAUAUAUUAUAUAUAAUAUUUAGAAAAUAAUGACUUUUUAUAUUUAUCAA